UUAAGUCUUUAUUCUUAUAAUCAGAUUAUGCAGCAAGGGUAAAAAGAGAAAGCAGAGUUAGGUAGAGAAGUUAGUAAGGGCUAAUGCUGGUUAGUUAUUAGUUAUAAUUACAAUAAUAAUCAUGAAUGGUGAUUAAUUACUCGGGGUAGGAACUACCAUGAAUGUAAUAACUUACAAACAAAAAAUAAUGUAAAGUCUGGUAAGAAGAAUCCAAUGGUGCAGAGACGGGAGGCAAAUUUCCAUGAGAACUUUUGUUUGGAGACAGGCUCUCACUCUACAGCUUGGGCUGGCCUCAGACCUGUAACAAUGCUCCUGUCUUAGGUCAGAUCAUAGUUGCAAUCAGGGCUGCAAGAGGACCUUUCCCAGUCUGUCAGAAGAGAGGGCUGUUCAGCGAUGGCAGUUAUCCAUCCUUGCCAGAGAACCCACCUCCAGGAUGCUGCCCUCACCACAGCCCUGGCAGCCAUCUUCCCCCUGAAACUCAGUCUCCUCAGAGAAGUUCACCAGAGUGAAUGAAUGACUCCUCUCACCAUUCUCCAGGUUUAAUACAGAAUACCAAGAGGCGUGCUGCUAAACUUGUAACUAUAAUUUUAGCCAGUGUCAUCUCCCAUCCCCAAAACAUAUUUUGUUUGACUCUAAUGUGAUAUGUCAUACAUAUUUUUAUUUAUUUGCUUUUGGACUGUUGUAUAUGUGCAUAUAACAUCAUUCAUGCACAUAUAUGAUGGUAUUUAGGAUCCAACACCAGAAUUAUGGAUUUUCCACAAGUGCUGACUACAAAGGCCAAUCUUUUAACUGUCACUCAAGAGCUUUACUGUAAUUCUGGACACACAGCGUUGACAGGACAGUUUAGAGGAACUGUGACUCUAAAAAUGUCUUUUUUUUUUUUCUUUUGAGACAAGGUUUUACUAAUCUAAGCAGCCCUAUGGGGAUGAGGAUGAACUUAAAACAUCUGACACCCUGCUUCUGCCUCCCAAGUGCUGGAUUACAGGCAGGCACCACCAAGCCCAGAUGGUACUGGAGGAACCUGAACCAGGGCCUUGUGCAUGUCAGGCAAACAUGUUACCAACUGAACAAUAUCUCCAGCCACUGAGAACUUUAAUAAUAAUAAAAGAAAAGAAACACAAACAUCUUUCACAGUAUCUGGAGGAGGAAUUUUAAUCACAAGGAGAAGGUAACGGCUGUGGUGAAAGCUGUUCAGAAAUGCUCUAGAAUGAGAAGGGAAAAGGGCGAUGGGAGAGGAAGGAAGGCAGAAAUGGACCAUGCAGAAUAAAUAACCAAAGCGUAGCCUUUUAGAGACCAAAGGACACAUCAAAGAAAAACAGAGCAUUUCAACGAGGGUGCUGAAUAUGGAGAGGAGCCAAAGAGGGCUGUGGACUUUCAGAAAAAGGAGGGGUUAAUAAGUGGUGGUGUAUGUUGGCAAAAAGAAGUGAAGAGAUGCGGAAGGAGAAAAUUUAUAGCAGAGGAAGUUGGUGUGGAGUUUUCCUCUCAAGAUGUUCAGCAAAGCAGAGAAGAAAGAAAAGCACAGGCCACUGGGGAGGAGGCAGGGCUGGGGCUGGGACACCAUGGGCAAAGACGGGGGCCCAAAGCGGGGCUUUUUUUUUUUUUUUUUUUUUUUUUCGUUAACUGACCCAGAUUUUCUUGUUGGGAACCAAAGACAACUGAAGAAUUUAAAGCUCUUUAAACUAAAUCACAAAGAUCCUAACCCUUGCAAUUGCCUUUGGUAUAAGAUAGCACAAAUUAUAAGGCUCGUGAUAGAAUUCGGGUCAGUUUCUGAGACGUACAAACAAAUCCCACUUUAGAAAUCAGAGUAAGUGGCCAUGUCGGAGAAGUACUACUUGAGUUAGUCAGCUCAUCUUCCUCUCACCAACCACAGAGCAAACAGAAUACAUGGUUCCAUCCCAGCCUACAUUAGACGGUCAGUAAGCUAGUAGACACAAUAGGAUUGUGACCUGCUUUUCUUUGCAUACGGGAAUCCAAUGCCCCAUCCCAAGAAACCUUACUUAGGUCAGGAUACACAGGACAAGCUAAAGGCUUGUAGAGCAAAAGUUAAGGUUAAAAAUAAAGACAAUUAAAUAAAGGAAAGGGAAGCAGAAAUGUACUGCUGAUAAGAACCAAGACCGACACCAGUGCAGACCAAAGCCCAGGAGCUCAAAUCAGCAAAGGGAAAGGCUCAGCACAGCAGAGCCAGCUCUCUCCCUCAGUCUGCCCCGGUCCGGCUGAGCCUCCCACCUCAGCCUCCCAUCCCAUGUGCUGAGAUCACAGGCAUAAGCCACUGUUUGGCCACAUGACCAAUCUUUUAAAAUGUCUUAAGGUUUACUCAUGUGUCUAAGUGUUUACAGCCGUGUAUCUAUGUACCCCAUGUGUGUGCUGGGUGCUCCAAAUCAGGAAAGAGUGUCAGUUGCCCUGGUACCAGAUGAAUGGUUAGGGACAACCACAUGUUGUUCCAGGGGUACAUCUGGGAGUCAAGUGCUCUUAAACCCGGUCAUCUUCCCAACCCCCAUAAAACCGACCUAAGUUUGGGUUUUCAAUUAAACACUUAACAUUGAUUUCCAACAUUUAUUCAAGAUUUUAAGAUUCAGUAAGAACUAAUCAUUUUAAAACUAGGGUCUUACUCUGUAGCCCAAGCUGACCUCAUACCAGGGGCGACCCUCCUGUUUCUCGGUGUCGGGACGCUCAUAUGGAAACAGCCUUAUCUGCCUUCCUUUGGGGGCCUGGGAGUGGGUACUAAAUGGCAGGUUGGGUACCAUGGUCGGCACAGAGAACUUUCUUCUUAUACCACCAUCUUUGUGGUCAUGGGCCAACAUGGUUCCAGUUUACCUGAGAAAUCCAAACAACUAUUCCAACACAGAAAGCCUCUUUAGAACCAGGAACUACUGCAAAGACCCCAAUAAUCUGGCCCUUCAUAGUCCCUGGAGCCCUUCCUUCACACAGGCCCCUGGACAGACCUAGCCAGCCUGUCAUACCUUCUGGCUUGCAUGAAUGGUGGCCUCCUCAUUUUCAGAAGCCUCAGCAGCAUGAGCCUCACCUCCUGCCUCGGCUUUCCUGGAUCCUCCACUCUAGGAAGACUCUGUAAGGCCUUUCCUCUGCCCUUCCCCUCAGGCUUCCCAGCUCUAACCUGCCUCGCUGUCUAUUCAGCCACGAGCUAUGAAUUCAGGGGACUUGCACUUUGCUGCCAGCUAGGCAGAAAACAGCCCCUUCCAUGAUUCCUUUGGAUUCAGUCAAGACCUUCUCCCCAGGCUCUAGUCCCCAAAUCUCCCAGAGCCAUCAUCUCCAAACACUGUGCUCCGUCCCAUUUGGGCGGGCAAAGCAGGCAGGGUUGGGGUGACUCAGCCCCGGAAUGAGCUCACUUCCUCACUCUGCGCACCUGCCUGCACUGCUGGAACACAGCCUGGCCCAGCUCUGGCGGAUGUUUUCCUUGUCCCUGCAUAGGUGGCCUGUGCCAACCCCUCACCACGACCCUGCCCUGCCCCUUGCCCCAAAGGCUACUCCCCUGGGACUCAGUGGGCUGGGCUCUAACCACUGAUGCCCCUACACACACCACUGCUCAGGCCAUCAGCCAGGUCCCCACUGCCCUGUAAUCUCUGAAAGGAAUUCUGCUCAGCCUCCGCCUCCUUCCAGAAGUUCCCACAUUUACAGGCCUUCACCUGCAUUUCAGGAGGCUAGUCCUCACUUUGCAGUUUGGUGUGGCUCAUACACUAAUGUCCAUCACGUCCCAUUUCCAGCACCUUCUCUGCCUCCAGGAUCUCUAGCCUCACUUGCCUUGUCUCUAGCUACUGCAGAAAAUGGUCUAUGCUCAGCCUUCAGGUGGGUCUCCCCCAAAGGCAGUGGGAGAGCUAACUACUAAGCCAACGUCUAAGCUUGAUCUUUUCUAAUCCCUCUCCAGCCAAGACAGCAAGGAGUAGUCAAGGAGCAAGGCAAGAAGAACAAAGGGAUAAGACCAGACAGAUCUGUGCCUUCUCCUCCACAGCCCCAGGAGCUUAGCUGGGUGUCCCCUGCUAAGUUUUCUUUUGUUUUUAUCUUGAUAUCCAUCUGAAAAGAAAUCAUGUUUUCUUCCGCUCAAUUUUGGGGGUGUUUGGGGUGGAACCUGGGACACUGAAAUAAAUGGUAAGUAAACACUCUAUCACCGAGCUACAUCCCCAGCCAAGGCAAAAGGUAUCCUGGAAGAAGGCGGCUAAGGAGUUGGAGGUGAACUGACAGUAGCUGCUGAAUGAAGAGGUGAUGGGGGGGGGGGGGGAGAAGAGGGGGCACCUGAAAAAGCCUGCCAGAUGUAAGUUGCAUCUGCUGUGCUAGGGGACGGAGAGUAAAGGGAGGGGUGGAUGGGACUGCAGGCCUGAGUGAAAACCACAACAAAGGUCCUAGGAGCAGGAAAGAAGAACUACAAAAGCCCAGUUAGACCAGGGUCACAAAGGAGUCAUGGAGUCCACAUGAGGGGAAGAGGGGAAAGUCAGAGUCCAAAUAAGAAAAAGCAGAGUCCUAGAGUUAGCUGAAUGGCAGGUAAGCCAGGAUCCCUCUUCCAGGGCAUGGAAGUGGGAAAGGCAGCUUUAUCAACAUCACCUUCCAACUCGGAUGUCAAGGACUGAAACCAAAAGGCUCCCAGGACCACAUAGGUCUUUGCAGGAGGCAGUAGGGGUGUGAAAGCGUACAUGUGAAAGGCAGAAGCUGGCCUGCAGAGUCGACAAGAGAAGCCCUCAUCUGUGCAGAGCUACUUAUCGCUGUCCAGAGGAAAGAACAUUUUUGUCUCUGAGCUUUAGCCUCAGUCAGUGGCUAUUUUCUGAGGGCCAUGGGCCAAAGAUGGUGCUGAGAACAUCCCGUGUGCUCUCUACCUCACAAGGCCACGAGCUGGCGUUUCUACUCUUCAUACACAGAUGAGGCAGCAGGAGAGCAGGUGAAAUGACCUGUGCAAUGUCAGAUAGCCAGUGAGAAGUCACGAUGUGAAUCCCAGCACUCUUCCAGAGCCUGGAGAAACUCAGACCUUAGAAAGCUUUGUUUUAUCAUGAGGAAAGAGAGGGCAUCUGUGUGAAUGUGGGGUGACUUCUGUUAGGGUAUUUAGAGAUACCUCUCUUUGAGGGAGGGAGGCAGAAACAUUGCCAGGAAUGGGACAAUCUUGCAUCUGCUGUCCACUUGGGCUAUAAAUGCAAAGUUUCUCUUUGGGGUGCCUAUGGAUGAACCCCUCUCCUCAAAAUGCUGAGGGCAGCCAUUUUUCAGAUGCAUCAGGGAAACCCUGCCCUGGGAGCUGAAGGAAACACACUCUCCAUUCCAGAUGCCUGCCUGCUCUCCUGGAGACUUUGGCAGUUGCACCCUUGUGCAACUCCUUGGUUUGGCUGGGGCACAGGAUUAGCCAUCCCCAGGAAAUGCCUCCCUCCGGUCCAGGCAGGGAUCCCAGCACACACACCCCUGCUGGUGGUGGAGGGGUUGAUGGAAUGCUUCCUCCCUGCAGGUCAAGGAGAUCUGGGGACCACCUGGGGCCUUCAACCCUCCUCCUCCUGGCUGUGGAAGUGCCCAGUCCAGUGCUCCUUCCAUGGCCACCUCCCUCCUCCUGGCUGUGUGGGGCAUGAAUCAGCUCUCACAGCUUGUUAAAAGCUGGACCUCUUGUUUUCAUGCCCUCACCUCAGGAAACAGAGUUCCAGCCUGUCCAGCUCUCCUCAGCAGGGGGCCAGGGUCCUCACUUUAUAAACAUUCUCAGCCUGUAAGAGCAGAGGGCACUGCCAUGGUAUGAGACUGGAGACCAAAGAGAGAGAAACUCAAGAGUCAAGGAGCAAGGCAAGAAGAGCAAAGGGAUAAGACCAGACGGAUCUGAGCAGAAGCCAGGAGGGUUCUGAAAGCUGAGCUUGCGGGAAUGGCUCUAAGGAUGAUGCUCUGGGCUGGCCAGGCCAAGGGGAUCCUGGGAGGCUGGAGGAUCAUCUGCUUGGUGGUGUCUCUGUUCCUGCAGCACCCAGGAGUUAACAGCAAGUGUUACUUUCAAGCUCAAGCCCCCUGCCACUACGAAGGUAAACACUUCACUCUGGGUGAGUCUUGGCUCCGCAAGGACUGCUUCCAUUGUACCUGUCUGCAUCCUGUCGGUGUGGGCUGCUGUGACACGUCUCAGCAUCCCAUUGACUUUCCUGCUGGGUGUGAAGUGCUACAGGAGGCAGGAACCUGUCAAUUUUCCCUGGUGCAAAAAGCUGACCCUCGACUGCCCUGCAAAGGGGGAGGACCCGACUUAGAAUGGGGCUCAGCUAACACCCCUGUUCCUGGGGCUCCUGCCCCUCACUCCAGCUAAAGGCUCA